AUGAAGCCGUCACUGCUCCCGUCUGUGGUGUUUCUCUGCAUGCUGCUGCGGCUGCCCACGCUGGGAGGGAAAAGGAAGCCAUACGCUCAGGAAGAGCUGCUACUGGAGGAAUGCUGGGGACAGCCAAAGGCAAAUGACUGUUCCAAGAAGUGUUCUAGAACUUUCAAAUGUAUACACAGAAAUCACACAUGCUGCUGGACCUAUUGCGGCAACAUUUGUGCAGAAAAUGGGAAAUUUUUUGAAAGAAAGAAAUGA